GAAAGCAUCCGAAUCGAGCCCUGCUGGUUUCAUUGGCUGAGCCCCGAGGAAAACCCCAAGCUCGAGCCCGGAGCCCCAGCCUGCCUGGCUCCUUUCUUCACAUUCCCACCCCCCGCCACGUCCCAUGCCUGGCAUUCCACGCGACCCGAUCCAACUCAUACUUAUUAAGCACCCACUGUCUACACCGCAUCGUGGCGAGAGGCACUGCAGGAAGAAAUGGCCCCACGCCGGAAAAACCAAAAGGAUAGCCACAGCGGCUAAGGACGGACCCGAGAGAGGAGCUGGCUACCUACGGUGGGGUGGUCUGGAGAGGAGCCCUCACCCCCACCCCGCGGGUCAUGAGAGUCCCAGGGAAGAGAUGGCCCCGAGGGGCGCACCAGGCCCGGCCUCCGCGGAGUCCACCGCAGACCGGGCUGGGAGGGGAAAGCGUGACAGUCGCGGCGGCCGCGGACCUAGCGUCUCUGGCCCGGCGUCUCCGCUCCGCCGAACGCCGGCACCCCCUGCUGCCCCGCGCAGAGCGGGGCAGUGCCGGGAAGACCGCCCGGGCCCCUCCCCCCACCGUCCCCAUCCCCCGGACUCCGGAAAAGCGGUUACCUGGCGCGCGGGCGGGGAGAGGACACGACCCAGAAGAGGAAGGUGAGAAGGCAAACGGUGGCCUCCGGCCCAGGGAGAUUCGGGAAAUUUGGGAGACUUGUUCCGCACUGGGUGACAGCUGUUCGCUGCGCACGCGCACCCGGCCCCAGUCUCCCGAUGACUCCGCCGCUACUCACCCUCCCGUCGAGGGGCAGGGAGACAGCGGCAAAGGCGCGCGCACAGCGCCAGCCGGCUCUCCCUGCGCGAGGGCGCGCGCGCCAUCACGUGACCGCUGGGGCCCGGCACUUAGUGGGUCACGUGAACUUCCAAACAGCUUAAAGGUGCCAGGCACCUUCUUGCUUUGGGCUUAAUCUUCUGCACUGUUCUUAGCUUAGGCUUCCACCGUGCUUCGUGUUUUCUGGAGACGGACAUGUCCCCUUUUGCCCAGAAGGGGAAGACACUUGAGCAGAAGGAAGGAACAGGUGCACAGAACCUUGCCUGGAAGCGCCUACCGGGUCCCCGCAGGGCUGGACCUGAUGGAGUCCACGCGCCACACGUCGCCCUGGGCUCCGACGCGGGCCUAUGGCGGCCUCCGGAGCGCAGACGUCAGAGUGGCGUUGCCCUGGGUGCGGCCUCGGAAUGCCCAGCCGAGCCUGGCUAGGAUGUCGCGGCUCGCUGCUGGGCAGCAAUGACAGCGUCUUACGGCCGGGGCUUCUGAGCCUCCAGACCGAAAUGGGAGAUCCCGAGUGAGCGAAGGGUGUGUGCCUGCCAAUCCUUUAACAAGUAACUCAAGCAAGAAGCUGUGUUGUUAGUCGAAGACAGCGAAACUGUCCUGUACUGCAGUCACCUACGCGGAACAAGGUCCGCCCCGCGCAGGUGUGCUCUUGAGUCCCGAGGCGGCCCUAAUAGGAAUUCGGACAGGGGGUCUCUCAAAAACUUGUGGUGACAGCACUAUGGCCUGAAUUGUAGUAACAGGAAGUGCAGGUACCUCCGGACCUCUCAGAACGUACUUAAAUUAGCUUGCUACAACUUGUUAUUUCUGCGCUGUACCUCUGCCUUCCAAGGUGUCAGAAAGAACCACACAGACCUUACUUAACUAAGGUCUCUGUACUACCAAAGACAGAUGACUGAGCACCAGGUGUUUUGCAAAGCUGAACAAUUUUUUUAACUUCCUGUGGAGUUCCCAGCUGUGUCCUUUGUGACGUUUCCCCUAACGUCUUCUCGGCGAAGAAAGAUUGGGCAGAACCUUACACUUCUGAGCACACUCGGGCUAUCUCAUAUGCUGAGUUUUCUACUACAAUCCACUGAUUUCUGUUUUUUUUAAUAUCUAAACAGGUCCACUUACCGCACCCUGGAAGUCUUUUCUCACUGGAAGGAGCAUUGCGAGGACAGAUGAAAUAUGGGUGAUUAAGUAAAGCUAAUGGAAUUAUUGGGUCACCACAUUUCUUUAGUCAUUAAAUUAGAAACAUUACCCACAUAGGUACACGAUUGAACUUCCCUAAUAUGUAAACUCAACUGGGACUUUUCCAAAUGUGUAUACUAUGAGGAUCCCAACCCUCCUUACAAGUCAAUCGGAUAUGCUAAAACAAUAAACAUAUAACAACAUUCAUUUAGGGCUUACUGUGAACUUGACACUGUUUUAAGAGCUUCACAUAUAUUAACGAAAUUAAUCCUUAUAAUCAUUCAAUGAAUAGGUAUGAUUAUUACCUCCUUGUUACAGAUAUGAAAACCGAAGUAUUGAGAUUAAGAAAUAUGUCAACUACUAAACACUAGGGUCCUUGGAAGCCAUAUGCUGUAUUAGACGAGGAACCCAGUACACCAAAACUACAAGUCUGGAAACCUGAAUUCCAGUCCACUCACAAUUUGUAGACACAUAAUAUUGCACAAAUAACGUUUGUUGAACACAGUAAAUCGAGUCUCAGUUUUUUUAAUCUGAAAAAUGAGGGUGACAUAUCAGUUUUGCUGACUUUGAGCAUUUUUGAACAUUAAAGAAGAUACUGUACAAUGUCAAAACACUUCAAAAGCUGUAAAGCACUGUGUGAAUCUAUUAAGCACUUCACAGUUUUGGAAAUUGAAGUGAGCCUACUAGAAAAUCAACUGGAUUCAUGUCACAGAAGACAAUGUUGUGUCCCUAAUGUAUUGAAAUACCUCUGUUGUAAAUUACAAUGAAAAUUAACAUUUUAGCCAUGUAGUAGAUUAAUUUAUUUAGGUCCAAUUAAAAAUGCCAAUUGUAGUAAGAUGGAGGCUGUAUAAUUGAUACAUAGAUUUUCCUUGAAGCUUAUGUUAUGUGAACUACUGUUCACCUCAGAGACAAUACUUGUAAAUGUCUUAAAAUAGGUAUAAUGGGGGCUUCCCUGGUGGCGCAGUGGUUGAGAGUCUGCCUGCUAAUGCAGGGGACACGGGUUCGAGCCCUGGUCUGGGAAGAUCCCGCAUGCCGCGGAGCAACUAGGCCCGUGAGCCACGAUUACUGAGCCUGCGCGUCUGGAGCCUGUGCUCCGCAACAGGAGAGGCCGCAAUAGUGAGGGGCCCGCGCACCGCGAUGAAGAGUGGCCCCCGCUUGCCACAGCUAGAGAAAGCCCUCGCACGGAAACGAAGGCCCAACACAGCCAUAAAUAAAUAAAUAAUUUUUUUAAAAAAAUGUAUAAUGCAGCAAAUUGAUAAACUGAUACACUACUAAAUAAUAUAGUCUAAUUUUGAAUAUAUUGAAGUCCAUUAGACUUUUGCAAAUAUAAAGAAAUAAUAGUAAUACUCAUUAAUGUUUCCAUUUAUCAUUAUCACAUAUGUAUGUUACUUCUACAGGUAUAAUACACCAACCAAUAACUAGAUGUUCAGAUGAUUUUUUUAAAGUGUCAUAGUUAAUAUGAUAGUGA